ACUGUCGCAUACCACGAGGUGGCUUUGCUCUGAGCCAGAGAGCGGCGGUGGCCAAAAGGGGCGCCACUCCGGAGCGGCUCCGGUUCCUGGAGCUGGCCGGGCUUUGGCGCUGCCCUCUUGCCGAAGGAGGAGCCUCUCCCUCCCCGCCUGGAGGGAGUCACGGGUCCUCGGCAGGGCUGGACGGGGCGGAGCCCGGCCGGGAAGGGAAAAACGGAAGGCGAGGAAGUGAUGCCAAGUCGAAUUUGGGAGCCAGAAGCGGCGCGGCGCGAACGCUGCGCUGGGGCGGCUGGCGGGGCGUCAUGGAAGUGCCGGCGGUGAACCUGAAGGCUAUCAUCCUGGUACACUGGCUGCUGACGACAUGGGGCUGCAUGGCAUACUGGCUGCCAAUUUCCUACCCGUGGGGCAACUUCACCAUUCUCGCCCUGGGCGUCUGGGCAGUGGCCCAAAGGGAUUCUAUUGAUGCAAUCCUCAUGUUCCUCACUGGACUUCUGCUGACGAUCCUGACGGACAUAAUCCACUUCAGCCUGUAUUACCCUCAGUCGUCUUCGCUGCCUGACACUACCCGCUUCAGCGCCGGCAUGGCCAUCUUCAGCCUCCUCCUCAAGCCCUUGUCUUGCUUCUUUGCCUACCAGAUGUACCGGGAACGUGGAGGAGAGUAUGCCUUCAACCUAGACUGGGAGGCUUCGUCGGAGCGAUAUUCUGCCCAGGAUGGUGUCCUCAACGUCGGGCAGGACCGCAGCUCGUACCAGCCCAUCGACCACCCGGAUCCGCUGCGCCCCUACCCAGACGUGGCUACCAAGGCCUCCCCACCUCCUCCUUAUGGAGGCGUCCCCUGAACCGUCCAAAGAACACUGGGCCCUUUCCUUUCUGCGCUGGGGAACAAAACCGUCUUCGCCACUUAGCCCCAACCCCACUUCUUCCUCCCCACCAGAGGAAGCGUGGUUUCUAAAAACCAGUCUAGGAGGGGAGGAAAAAAACUUUGCAAACAAAGCAGCCUGUGGCUUCGACUUGAGGGUUUUGUCAUAGUUUCUGCUGCAAAUCCAGAGCGCACCUUGGACAACGAUGUUUUAAAGUCCCCCCCCCCCCCCCCGAUCCCAGAAAUGUCAUAUGUACAACUCUCUGCAAUUUCCUUCUGCAAUAGCAAAGUUCUCUGUAUUUUUUUCCAGCCACAUUGAUGCUGAUCGAUUGAGCCUCUCAAGGCUACCCUGGGAAGAGUAGCCCCCCCAUAAAAUAGUCCCCCCCCUCACUAAGAGACUCAGUAAGAGAGUUAUUAGCUGGCUCCUGUAAGCAGACAGAUCCUCCAGCUAAUAUUAUUUCCAAAGAGCAAUCCAUGCCCUUGCCCGUUGCUGCAACUGUGCCAUUUUUCUGCCGAUGAUUUGCUGCAGGCACACACCUUCUGAUGACUGCUGUCGGUGUGCUGAUCGUUUUUCUCUCUCAAAAACACUUUUGUGCCUUAGAGAAAACACACAGCCUUCCUUUCUUCCCAUGAUCUUUGUAUGUAUGAUUGUUUUCCUGAAGAAAAUUAAAGAACCUUUUUAAUAAAACAUUCCAGUCUUGA